AGUAGGCAAUAGUCGAAGCAAUUCAUUCCAUUUUGCAUUCUGCACACUAUGCCAAUCUACAUCGCUGUAUCUUUUUCCUUCCUGCUCGUGCCUUUAUUAUUCGCAGAUGGCGCUGGACGUCUGGGUAAAAUAACUGCAGACGAGAACCGAGAGAUCAAUGAGAUGUGUGAUUUACAAGCUUUCGUCCACGACAGAUUUCGUUCGCCGAGGUCUCCAAGGUUGUAUAGAGAAAAUAAACGAACGAAACGCAUGCUAAAUGGGAUGCAAUUUAGUCAUUUGGAAAUGCUGUAUGUAGUCAUGCUACGGAUGAUUUUUGAAUAUAAUCCAGUACCAGCCCGUUGUGCGGGAGUGAUAAUCAGCCCAAAACAUGUGCUAACAGCUGCACAUUGCUUCUUCGAAAAUAGUGGCAAGAAUAAAGCAUUGGAGGAUUUCUUCCAGAGAAGAUCAGUUAGGUCAAGUGCGAAAGAUAUUCGGAUUUAUUACGGAGGCACAUGCGUGAAUGUGGAAGAAGACGGGAAAUGUCCGACAUCAGAGUUGGCACAAAGUGUAAAGGCACUGCAUGUCGGAAUACCAAGCCGAUACAUCUCAUCCAAAUUUCAAUCUGGUGACAUUGCAAUCGUCGAGAUUAAAGGAACAUUUUCCAAGCUAGACGGGAUCUACGCUUGUUUGCCGUCUUCUAGAACCAAACUACAUGCAUCUUUGACAUCUGCCGGUUAUGGAUUCGAUCCACAUGACAGCUAUGCUCACGAGAAACACCUUGAAAGGAUAUGGUUUACAAAAGACCGCUUUUGCGAUCCAACAGUGAGAGCAGGGAAGGAUGCGUUUUGCAUAAUUGAAAAAUACCAGUUUGCAUGUGUGGGUGACAGUGGAAGUGGCGCUAUGCAACGUGUGAACGAAUACCGGGAUUACGUUAUGGGAGUGCUGUCAAGAGGUCUCGAAUGUAAAGAAGUUGAUAGAGCUAUCUCGGAGAAAAGAAAUGCGGAUCGAGAGUUUCGAGGAACGGUUAUGACGGAUGUGAGAAAAUACCUCAAUUUCAUCUGCUUCCAUGCCGGUAUUUGCGAAAAACACUUGAACACUGCUAAACUUAAGAAGCAAAGAAUGUUAGUGAUAUAUUGAGCUUAUUGUUGGCCAUAGACUACUAUUCGCUGUGAUUCACUGAGGCCUUCACUGGGUUAUUGACUUGUCGACUUACAUCAAUAAAAGCACAUCAGUGAACGAUUUCCC